GUGCUGUGCUGCGCUGCGGUGUCGGGUCGGCAGCGCGGCGCAGUGCAGGAGCUGGAGCUGGAGCCGGACCGGCAGCGGAGCUCGGCCGGCGGCGGCAGCAGGAUCAGGGCGCAGGCAGCACCGCCGCUUCGCUGCCGUCUGGCGGAGCGGGGUGAAGCGAACGGCCAGCGGGUCGCGCCGCGCCCGCUCGCUGCUCUCUCCCCCAGCGUUCCCGUGAGCCGCUCCCCGCCCGGGUCCGUCGGGUGCAGCAUGAAGUGCGGCGAUGGCCCGGAGAGGUAAGACGGCGGUGAGGACGCUGGAAGACCUGACGCUGGACUCCGGGUAUGGUGGUGCGGCGGACUCUGUGCGCUCCUCCAACUUGUCGCUGUGCUGCUCGGAUUCGCACCCCGCGUACCCCUAUGGAGGAAGCUGCUGGCCGCACCUAACUGACUCCAUGCACAGUCGGCACAACAGCUUCGACACCGUCAACACCGUCCUAGCGGAAGACUCCGAGGUGCUGGACUGCGCGGGGCAGCAGUGCUCCCGGCUCCUGCCCGACCUUGAGGAGGUCCCCUGGAGCCUGGAGGAGGUGGAGGCACUGCUGCUGCUGCCGCCGCCGCCGCCGCCGCGCCGGGAGCCGCGGGCGCCGGGCGCCGCCAGCCCCGGGAGCCGGGAUGCGGCGGCGCGGCUCUCGACGCUGGUGAGCCGGGCGCUGGUGCGCAUCGCCCGGGAAGCACAGAGACUGAGCCUCCGCUUCGCUAAGUGCACCAAGCACGAGGUGCGGAGCGCCAUGGAGAUCGUCCUGGGCUGGACGCUGGCGGCCCGCUGCACGGCAGCUGCCCUCGGCGCCCUCUCCCUCUACAACAUGAGCAGCAGCGGCGGCGACCGCUUCAGCCGAGGCAAGUCGGCCCGGUGCGGACUGGCCUUCUCCGUGGGCAAGUUCUACCGCUGGAUGGUGGACAGCCGCGUGGCCCUGCGCAUCCACGAGCACGCCGCCAUCUACCUCACCGCCGGCACCGAGAGCCUCUUCCGCGACAUCCACGCGCGGGUGCUGGCCGGUCCCGCCGCUCCGCUCCCGCCUCCCGGCCGCCCCACGGCCGCCGCCGCCGCCCCGGCCGAGAAGGAGAAGGAGGGCGGCGAGGCUCCCCGCUUCACCCUGGAGGCGCUGGAGCAGACGGUCAACAACGACCCCGAGCUCUGGGGCUUGCUGCAGCCCUACCAGCACCUCAUCUGCGGAAAGAACGCCAGCGGUGUUCUCUGCCUGCCUGACAGCUUGAACCUUCACAAGGACCAGCAAAGGUCAAACAAGCCUGGGGAGGUGCAGAUGUUCAGCCAGUCAGAGCUGAGGACCAUCGAGCAGUCUCUACUUGCCACACGCGUGGGGAGCAUUGCUGAACUCAGUGACCUGGUGUCUCGAGCAAUGCACCACCUGCAGCCCCUCAAUGCCAAGCAGCACGGGAAUGGGACACCCAUGCACCAGAAGCAGGGAUCCUUCUACUGGGAGCCAGAGGCCCUGUACACCCUUUGCUACUUCAUGCACUGUCCACAGAUGGAGUGGGAAAACCCCAACGUGGAGCCCUCGAAAGUCACACUGCAGACUGAGAGGCCGUUCAUCGUUCUGCCUCCCCUGAUGGAGUGGAUUCGGGUGGCGGUGGCUCACGCGGGGCACCGGCGCAGUUUCUCGGUGGACAGCGAUGACGUGCGGCAGGCGGCCCGGCUCCUGCUGCCGGGAGUUGACUGCGAGCCCCGACAGUUAAAGAUUGAUGACUGUUUCUGUGCCUCUCGGAAGCUGGAUGCAGUUGCCACCGAGGCCAAGUUCAAGCAAGACCUGGGUUUCCGGAUGCUCAACUGUGGCCGGACGGAUCUGGUUAAGCAAGCCAUAGCCCUGCUGGGGCCGGAUGGGAUCAACAGCAUGAGCGAGCAGGGCAUGACUCCACUGAUGUAUGCUUGUGUCAGGGGUGAUGAGGCUAUGGUGCAGAUGCUGCUAGAUGCUGGAGCAGAUCUGAAUGCUGAGGUUGUCAGUACUGCUCAUAAAUACCCAUCCGUCCACCCUGAGACCCGCCAUUGGACAGCUCUGACAUUUGCUGUGUUGCAUGGACAUAUUCCUGUAGUUCAGCUAUUGCUGGAUGCUGGAGCAAAGGUAGAAGGUUCCUUAGAGCAUGGAGAGGAAAAUUACUCUGAAACUCCUUUACAGCUGGCAGCAGCUGCUGGAAAUUUUGAACUGGUCAGUUUGCUGUUGGAGCGAGGAGCUGACCCCCUGAUAGGAACAAUGUACAGGAAUGGCAUUUCCAUGACUCCACAAGGUGACAUGAACUCUUUCAGUCAGGCUGCUGCACAUGGACACAGGAAUGUUUUCCGCAAGCUGCUUGCUCAGCCGGAGAAGGAGAAGAGCGAUAUCCUGUCCCUCGAGGAGAUCCUGGCUGAGGGCACAGACUUGCCCGACUCAGCAGCCGCUCCUCUCUGCGCCAGCCGCAACAGCAAGGCCAAGCUGAAGGCCCUGAAGGAGGCCAUGUACCACAGCGCUGAGCAUGGCUAUGUGGACGUCACCAUCGACAUCCGGAGCAUAGGUGUUCCCUGGACACUGCACACGUGGCUGGAGUCUCUGCGCACGUCCUUCCAGCAGCACCGACGGCCCCUCAUCCAAUGCUUGCUGAAGGAGUUCAAGUCCAUUCAGGAAGAGGAGUACACUGAGGAGCUCAUCACACAAGGGCUGCCUCUGAUGUUUGAGAUACUGAAGGCCAGCAAGAACGAGGUGAUCAGCCAGCAGCUCUCUGUCAUUUUCACUCAUUGCUAUGGACCCUACCCAAUUCCAAAACUCGUGGAAAUUAAGCGCAAGCAGACCUCCCGCCUGGAUCCCCAUUUUCUUAACAAUAAAGAGAUGUCAGAUGUCACAUUUCUGGUGGAAGGAAGACCAUUUUAUGCACAUCGAGUGUUGCUAUUUACUGCAUCGCCAAGGUUUAAAGCAUUGCUGUCUAGCAAGCCCUCAUCUGAUAGUACUUGUAUUGAGAUCAACUAUGUGAAGUACCCCAUCUUUCAGCUUGUUAUGCAGUAUCUUUAUUAUGGAGGUGCAGAGUCACUCCUGAUUAAAAAUAAUGAAAUUAUGGAGCUCCUCUCUGCUGCUAAAUUUUUCCAGCUUGAAGCUUUACAACGACACUGUGAGAUCAUUUGUGCAAAAAGCAUUAAUACAGAAAACUGUGUGGAUAUUUAUAAUCAUGCCAAGUUCCUCGGCGUCACAGAACUAUCUGCCUAUUGUGAAGGCUACUUUCUAAAAAACAUGAUGGUCCUCAUUGAAAACGAAGCUUUCAAACAGUUGUUGUAUGACAAGAAUGGAGAAACAUCUGGUCAGAAUGUACUAGAGGACUUACAGAGGACGUUGGCCACAAGGAUUCAGUCAAUUCAUUUGUCUUCUUCAAAGGGCUCCAUUGUGUAAAGCUGAGGAAGAUGGUAACCCUCUAAUCAAAGACCCUGCAAGUCUUCUGUUGCAGUUGCUCAAACCUUUUGCAGUUGCUUAAAUGACUACAAGAAAAGAAAAUGUAAAAAAUUCCAUGUCGCAUCCCCGCAGUUCUGUUUUGGCCAGAGAUGCUGCGCUGGGGUUGUGUCCCCACCUGGAUGAGAGAAUACAGAAAACAAAGUUCCUUCCUGGUUUUGAGCAAGCUGGGUACCAGAGUAUCCAGUGAAUUGCCCUUGUACUCACAUUUCUGAACACAAGCCUGUUCGUGGAGCUUGAUGCCAACAAAAGCCAGAACUCACAUCAGUGAACAGCAGAAGUCCCUGCCUGAAGGGUAGUGCUGGGGAACACCUGAAUUGACCAAUUAAUCAUUUAAGUCAGAUUUGUUCCAGUGUUAUACAGUUAAGAACUAUAUCUAUUCCAGAGUCCAUUAUCUCGUGCAUUUAAGAAAUGUAAGAACUGUUAUUGCUGUCCAGCAAAGAUCAGCUGUAUUAGAGAGUGGGUAAGACUGUUAUAGUUGAGGAAAUAUACUGGCAGAUUUUUAGGGGUGGGAACUUUUUAAACUGUUCAUAAAAAAUAAUGGGGUGGCCUUGUAGUUUAAAACCUAUUUCUUAAGCUUAAAAUUUCAUUUUCAACAGAGCUGUGUUUGAGAAUCUAUGUAACAUGUUUUGGUUUUUUAAAUGGUAAAAUGUACAUUGUGUAAACAUACAUAUGAUCAAGUUUGCUUGUAUUCUUUCCUAGGGUGGUAUAAUCUUGCCUGAGAGGCUAUGGUUACACCAAAGAGGCACAUUACCCAGACUGUCUCUAAUACAGUAGCUGGGGGGCAGGAGAACUGCAUGCUACUCGUGAUUUGGGGUUGAAAUCAAUGACAAACUCAACAAACAUGCGUUUGCAUGGUAACUGUAGCUGUGAAAUGUUCCAUUUGUGCUUGUUUUGCCAAGACAAAUGCAAUGUUACUUCUUGUCAAACUUCAUUUGUGAAACUAGCAUAUUUUUUUUAUCUGGUGUGGUUGGCUGCGAUAUGAUACCCGUGGAGCUCCUUCUCGAGAUGCUGAUUUCUGUUUGUUGCAGUGAAGAGAUAUCAACAGAUCUUUAAUUUAGUGAUGUGUGGAUAUUUUGCUACUGGCCAGAGACUGGGUCUGAUUUAGACUUUUAAAAAUUAUAAUUAAAUAUGUACUGUAGAAUGAUUUCUGACUGUAUCCUGAGAAUGUAUAGGUAAUCUACAAUGCAGGGCUUGGGUAGGGUGGGGUGGAGGGGUGUGAUUUAAAUGUUAGAUGUCAGCUUUGUUUAUUUUGCAGCAUAUUAUUAGCAAGACAAAUCUGCUAUGUGCCACAACAUUCUGGAUGCCCUCUUUGAAAACCACAGUAAGAGGCAGGCAAAGAUGUUGCCUUCUCCAUGGCAAAGUGACAUUAAUAUAUUUAUUUUCUAGAAUGCCAUUCUAAGAAAUUUACAAGUUUGCAUGUUAACCUCUUUUUCUUUUGUUGGAGCAUCUGCAUCAGGUGCCCUUCCAUGUUCCAGCUUUUGAUGUGCUCAGAGAACACAGUUUUUAGCUGUCAACACAAUAGGAAGCUGUUUUAUGACUCUGAGGGAUAAAUCUUCCCUUGUGCUUGGUCUUCUAAAGCCUCUACAGUUUCUGCAACAAAUGACAAAAUGUCUAAACUGCCACUAAUGUUGCAGAGACACUGCUUGUCAGUCAAUUGGAUCUUGUUUUCAACAUAUUAGAUGUUCACACAAGAUGUUGUCUGGAACUUGUAAGUAAUGGCUGCUUCUGAGUGAAUGUUGUGAUCAUGGAGAAGCAAGACCAUAGUUAAUACAACAGCAACACACAGAGGUGCUUGUUGUUGCUUGGUGUGCCUUCUCAUCCAUGGAAUCCCAUCUUUCUGUGACAAAAACAACUAGCUAAGAGCAGAGGCUAAGGCUCACCCUGCAGCCUCGUGGUUUAAUACAGCAAAGUUUUUCAAACGAUAAUCAGUGUAUUAAAUGGGAGGGAAACACUGUAACUCCAUGCUAGUCCUUCUGAGUUGAGAGUGUCUGUGGGAAAGCUCGCUAGGUUUCUUUCAGCAAUAAAGAGGUUAAUAGAGCCUUUGGUGGCUGUACGUGGGGUGGUCACCUAUUUGGGCACCCUGAGCUGUGAAAGCAAGGGACUGCAGCCAAGGAUUUGUACAGGAAUAACUUUUGCUCUUGGAAAUGCUGGUAAUACAAACGUCACAGAUGUAUAGCUGAAGGAAACCUUAAGAAAAAGGAGUCAUAUUUUUCAAUUCCUUUUUGACCAGCAGUCCCCAGGACAUUUGCCAGCAGAAAAUGUAAACCUAACAUUCAUUUCUCCUGGAAGCAGCCAGCAAACCUGUGUGGAUCCACAAACCAGAGUUUGGAAAUGGUGAUUUUAGUCUGCCUCUCCUGAUGUGAGGCUUGGUGAGGUCCAGCUGAGCCACGCCAGACAAUGUGCAGUUUGCAGGCUCUUUAAAAAUCCAGUCACAGGGAUCCAUGAUCUUCACCACUCUCAUAAUCAGAAGGUUUUCCUAAGAGACUUCAGAAUUUCUUCAUUACAAAUCAAGCCACUUUUCCUUUGAGACCUGACUGACAGGAAAAACAGAUGAUUUUACAAGAUCUUUUUAGAAACGUAUUUUAUGUAUGAAACGGAUUAUCCUCCUUGCAUCACUAGUAUAGUCUUUCCUAGUUCCUUUGUUAGUGUUUUCUGAUUUUUGCUGUCAUUCCCCUCAUGGCUUCCCAUUUUCCCCAAAUUUCCAUACUUCAGCAGGAGUUUUAUACAUUAACAAGCAAAGUAGGAAGCUGUUGCUGUGGUUUAUGUAAAGCAUAUUGGAAAAUAUAUCCCCUGGUAUAUCAGAAAAUAUAUCCCCAGAUAUGUUCUGCAAGAACAUCCCAUGGCUGACUUUGAUCUAGUCUGUUUUAUAAUUCCUGAGGGAUUCACUGCUGCCUUCUCAGGAAUUCCAUCUUUAUUUAUACAUUUGUUUACUACACCUUCCAAAGUAUAACACUUUCAAUUUCUCCUUAUUAAAUUUGUUCUGCUCUAAUCAGGGCAAUUUUCCCACUUCAUCAAGAUCAAUUGCAGUUCUGAUCAUGUCUUGUAGCCUGUUUCAUAAUCUCCAACCUUUAUUAUAUGUGGCUUCAUGCAUGGAUUCUUCAUUCCAUUAAUCUGGGGCUGGGGAGAAGGGCUCUUGUCAAUUUAAUCUUAAAAGCAAUGUGAGUUUCAGUGGGUGCCCGUGAAUACCAUUCCUAUCAGAUAAGGCUCUUUCCAACAGAGCAUUUUAUUAGCUUUUUUUUCAGACAUGGUGUUAUCAUCUUAGAAAAUAAAAAGCUUUCUCUUCUUUUAGUCUUUGUAUGAGUUGCAAUAAUUUACAAAUGUUGAGGCCAAAUAGUGCUUCCAGUCUUGGUAAAAGGGAAAAAAAAUACAACAUCCUCGGAAAAACUUAGGAUUUUCUUUUUUAACCAUCAUUUUCCAGCCUCUGAUGAGUGAAGUUGCCUUUCCAUGUGUCAUUUUUAUAUUAAUCCACUGCUGUAAUAUUUGAGGAUUUACAGAUAUCCUGUCCUUGCCUCCUGGCAGAUCUUUCCUUAUAUCCCUACACGGUUCUCCCAUAGUUUCCAGAAUUUCCUCACAUUCCCACUUUGCUUCACAUGCUGCCAGUUUCCACACUUCCUGGUUUUUAUACUCUAGAGCCCUACUGGAUUCCUUCCCAAGCCCAGAAGUAGAAUCUGUGUUGUCCUGAAUAGUUGAUUUUCCAAUAAUUGGCUCAAGAGCUGGGAAGAGAAAAGGAUGGGGAAUGUAGGAGGGCAAAGGUUUUGGACAUCCCAGCGGAAGGCUGGCAUUCUUUUCAUUACAAAUUUCAGCACUGUCUACUUGUUUCUCUGAUUUUCCCCUGAUCUAUUCCUUAGGCCUGCUGUCCUCUAAACACAGCUGGUGGCCAGAUGCUCUCUGUUCUGGAACAGGGCCAGCUUUCUAAUGGCUAAGACUGCUUUUUCCCCAGCUAAAACUUCUGCCUGCUUGGGUUUCAGCUCUGAAGUAGAUUCGUAAAAAAUGUCUAUUAAAGACAGAGGAAACAUCUCUAAAAAGGUGUGAAGGUUUAGUAGCCAGGCUCCUAUUGGCACAAAUGAGAGCUGCUUGCUCAAUCCUCCACAUGCUGCUUUGGACACUUAGCGUUUUUCCAGUGAAUAUCCACUGGCUUCAUACCAAAUGUUGCACAAGUCCUGGAUAGGCUGUUCUGUGUGAUGUGCUGGGGGCUUUCUUAAAUUCUAGUUUUGUUUCAAGGCAUAGCAACAUGUGCUGCUCUGUAAAGGUUAAAAAUAAAAAGGGAAGUGGUCUGUUUGCACUGAAAUAAACUGCUCUGAGGUGCUGCAGUGAUGAAAAAGAAAGGGCAUCUCUUCUUCCCAGCUGUACCUGCCUAAAAUCAGAGGAGGCUUCUGUUAUAGCAUGGAAUGCUGCCAGGUCUGUGGGGAUUCAGGCAUGCAGGACCCUGUUUAAGUGGGGUUUUUUAAGUUAACACAUUCACAUACUCAAGAUGAGGAUUAGGCCAUCCUAGAAAAAACAGCUAUUUCUAGUGCUCCUAUCUGUGGAUUAAAUCCUGGGAGAAGCUGGAAUCUGGCAGAAUUAAUUUAAGUCAGUUGCACAUAUUCAGGGUCCCUCAGGAGCUGGCUUUGUCUUAAAAAUACUACUGCAAGAUGACAACCUGAAACCUGCAUUCACUAAAGCUGCCUCUGAAGCCACUGGCUUGGGUUUGGGGUUUUUUUGGAUUUUUUUUGGUUUGUUUUUGGUUGUGGUUUUGGUGUUUUGUUUUUUUGGUUUUUUUGUUUUGUUUUGUUUUAUUUUGUUUGGGGUUUUUUUGUUGAAUAACAGUUACCUAAAGCCAAAGCCUUUAAGUUAGUUGGUUUGACAAAGUAUUUUUCAUGUGAGGCUCUGCAAGUGCUUUACAGAAAUGAAGGGCCUGAUGUUGCUUUCAUCCUCUGGCACAGAGAUGAGAUUUAUAAGAAUUAAAAGAACUGCCGAGGAUUUAGCCUAAAAUUUAAUAAACUAGUUUGUAGAAUGUUAGCCUUGAAAUAGCCCUCAGAUAAUAUCUGAAACCCCACAGAUGAGAACAUUACUAAUUUUAGGUGUCAGCCUACAAGCAAACAAACCUGCAGCACUUCCAUAAUGUUUGUAGCAAAAUUAUUAUGGUAUUUUUUAACUUGUUAUUUAUUUUCAGGUCAGGCCUGUUAUCUUCAGUGGGUGAAAACAGAGGCUGGCCACUCUGACCAAAUUAUCACAUUUCAGUACAAUUGCACCUGACUUGCUAUUUGUAACUGGCCUUCGAGUUCAAAAACUGCAAAGCUAAGUCUUCAGGUGUGGCUCAAUGCUCCAUGACUUCAAUGAGAGCACUGCUUAGAAUAUUAUUCAUGUGGUGCCCAAAGCAAAAGGAAAAUCUGGAAACCUGCAGAAAGACUAAUGGGAAUUUGUCAGCUGCCUUCAGUGAGCCUUUGAGCCGGGGAAGCAAGUUCAGUGUGGGUAGGAGGAGGGCAUUCCAUUUCUUUUUGUUGCCAUUAAGCUGUCAUUCCUUCAGCUCUGUCCAAGGCUUCUUGCAUGGAACAGCCAUGAAUGGCCUAGAGUGUGUUUAUCUUGGAUGCCUGCACAGGACUUAAAAUGUGGUAUCUCCCCACUUCAUUAGAUGAUGGGUUUUGUGCUUUGCUUGGACUGCUUGUUACUAAAACACCCAGGAGACAUGGCAGCAAAUAACAAGAGAGGUUGUGUUGGCUGGAUAGAUAAAAUUCUACAAACACCUUGUGCUUUGCAUGCUUAGUUGACUAAAUCUGUCCCUUGAUUGUCCCAGAACAGCAACUUUGUAGUUUAUUUUUCCUUUGCAGAGGCAUUUUUCACCUCUCUUUGGGCUGACAGUUUUCUUUCAUCCUGUAACAGCAGUGACACUGUGUGAAUGGGCAUGCUUAGCUUAGGCACAGGUUUCUGUCCAUGCUGGAUGGCACACUAAUGAAGAGGUCUUAGUAAGGGAAGAGGAUUAGGUAAAAGAAUUUGAAUGUAUAACCUUAGAUCUUUGCCUCUGAUUCCAGAGGUAUAGUGUCCACUGCUAGCUAAUUCAUUUGUUCCCCAACUCAGAGUUUCCAGGAAAUCAAAUGGAAGGAGAGGGCGGGAAGAGGAGAAACAGCCCCAUCUCCCACCACUUGCUUGGCAUUCCUGACAAGCCCAGUUGGCUCCAGUCUCUUCAGUGCUCACACAGAGGGUUUGCUUGGUCCCAUUCUCAGAUAUGGCCAUGGAGUUGAAGCAACUGGUGGCACUUUCUUGUCCUUACAAAUAUCUUCACUGCUGCUGCUGGUUAACUUCUGUCUUUCCACUCCUCCUCAUCUCUGCUGCUGUGUUAUCAUUAAAACUUCCAUUAUUCGGCUUUGCCUAGCACAGUGAGAGGCAAUCUUCUUUCUUACUGCCUUUCUAAAGCAAACAAGGACAGGGGAAAAGCCUCGCUGAAAUACCCAAUCGAAAAUCAUUUAUGGUUUACAAUAAGUCACAAAAGAAAAGGGAGAUGCUCAGAAACAAAAAAAGAGACUGCCACUUUAGGAAAAUCCAGUGUUAGGAGGUCAUUUUAAUUAAUUAAGGUCAAAACCUUAUUCUGGCAGGGACAGAUUAACAUGUUUCAAAACAUCUGGACUUGUUAAAGCUACAGGUUCAAGAGAGUCUAGCCUUACUCUUUCCCCUUCCCAGCAGUGGAUAAAUUGAAUAUCCUGAAGCUUACUGCGUGAGAGGCUUUCAGAUGAGCCUUUCCAAAGUCAGGUUCUUUCUGUUCUGCAUAGCUUUUGAAGAGCUCACAGCACAUCUGCAGGCUGAGAUUUGCCCCUCAGCACAGUCAAAAGCCUUCUGUGCCCCAGUGCUGGUUGUGGGGCAGAAAGUAGGAAGGAGCAGAAGAAGACCCUGGAGCCUCACCAGAGUGAAAGCUGCUUCCCCAGCAUCCAGGCAAUCUCUUGGUCGAAUACCCUGCUUAACCCAGUCAGUUCAAUACCUUGGGAACUGAUUUUUGCCAGGCAGCUAUUCAGCCAAUGACUAAUUGUGCCAUUUGGGGAUGCAGUAAAAUGUGCAGUCUUACUUCAGUUACGAGUUAUGUUUUUCCACUGAAGAAUACAUGGACUAUAGGAAUGUAUCUCAGAGCUUUUUGACCUCAUGUUCCUGGCAAAGUUCCAAUUAGUAGAAGAAAAACUUGACCUGUGCUUGUGCCAGUGGGGAGCAGAGGUGCCUGAGCAUUAUGCAGACACCAAAUAAGUAAAUCCCACUCUCUGCAAUGCAGGACAUUGCUCCUACUGAUCUCUUUGGUAUUAUGGGUAAGGUUGAAUAAUGGAUCUCUGCUGUUUACAGCCCCAAGUUAGGAUCAGUGCUCUUCUUCCCUUCUCUUUUUUGGCUCUGCCAUUUACCACAGAGAGGAGGGAAAAGAAAAACUCACAGGAAAUACCUGCCCUCCCCACCACCAGUAACAGGUGGGCUGCUAGAGUGUCCUUAGUCCCACUUCUCUGAAAGCUUCUUGUAAUGCUAUUUGUACAUGAGUUAUCCUUAGACCAUGCUUUGCAUUAGGUCAAAGUCCGGAAAGCAUCUUAAGUCAUUCAUGGCAGAAGUGAGAUUGUAAAACAUUCAAUUCCAAUCAUCCAUGCUGAGAAUUUUCUGUUUCUUUGUUGGUUUUGGUGUUGUGGUGGUUGGCUGGUUUUGGGAGGGAUUUGGGGUUUGGGGAGUUUUUUUCGCUUGUUUUGUUUUUUGGUUGGUUUGGUUAUUUUUUUCAUUGGGAAGAAAAGAUGAAGCAUGUGCAAUGCUUUGGAUUUUGUGUCUCUAGUUAUCAUUGUGUGUAUGUUCAAGAAAGAGAGAUGGACAGUAAAUAGAUCUAUGGGCUAUGUUAUGAGGCAUGAAAUCAUGUUUGUAAUGAGAUUUCUUGUUAAUGGCAGUCAGCCUUCCAUAACGCUAAGCAUUAAUGCAAUAUCCAUUAGUGCAGCUAAACCUCCCUCUGCUCCACUUUCCCAAAUGGGUUUCACUUUGUGCCUAGUUUAGCAUUUACAAAUAUUUGAUACAGGGUUCAAAGAGUAAUUUACACAUUAAAAAUGUAUGAAUAUUCUAUGAAAAAAAUACAGGUUAAGUUUCUACCAUGACAUCAUUCACAAACCAAAACAUGAAAGUGUGAUGAAAUUUGCUCCACUAAAAUGGCUGGAAGCCUUUUCAUUGAUUUCUCUAGUCUGUGGAUUAGGUCUGUUUUCCAUCUGUCUUUCAUACUGUGUCACCUUUGAAGUCUUGCAGGCCAAAUGCAUAUCUGUAAUUAGAAAGCACAGUCUUGAUCUUUAAAUGGAGAAUGAUCCACUUCUGAAAGCAGCACCUAAAUUAGGAAAUCCUGGUGUGAGCAUCCGGUAAAUACAGAAGAGCAUUGUCUGUGGGACACCUCUUUGCUUCCUUUCUGCCUCUUUCCAUCCACUUCCAUCUGUCCCUGAGAUAUCUUGGACCUGAAAGCUAGGAAAGAAAAGUGAAAACAAGAGGAAAGGAUGUGCCAGAAAUAAGAUGUGCAGAACCUUUGUGCUCAUCUUGAUUUUUUGCUGGUUUUAGGCAGACUCCUAAUUUGUGUAAUACAAACCCAGGAAUGGUUAUGAUUGUUUUGCAUUUGUUAUGGUUGUUGCGAAUUUGGGUUUGGGGUUUUUUUCUAGCAAAGUGGUUUUGUUUCCUUCAUCUUUUGUUGGGUUUUAUGUGAAGGUUUCAUUUCACUUUUUAUUGAGAAGGAAACUAAAGAUCACAUAACCCAACAGCUAUCAUCAACCAACACAGAGAUCCUGUCCUGCAUCCCACAGAUGUGGCUUAAAUACUGGUUUGUGUCUUCGCAGGCAUGUUUGAGGUCAUCUGUAAUUAACAAUACAGGUGAAACUUUCUUCCCCUUUGCUUACCCAUUUACAGUAGAUAAAAACAAAAUAACAGAGUCAGAGUAUGGACAAUAGGAUGGCAGAUGUUUUUCAAUGGAGAAAGAUUAUAGCUAAGAAAUACAAAUGUUUCUGGAACCAAAUAUUUUUUCUCAAAAGGACAGAGAGACAUCUGUAGCUCAUUCAAAGAUGUCAUUCUCUUGAGUGUGUUAGAUGCUUUUGAAAAUUGCCUGGUUUGUGCUGUUAAUGAUCCAGCACAAGCCCUUCAACUGGAGAGACUAACUGAGGGCACUCAAAACCAAGGCUGAAGGGAAUGUAUGAAAAAUAGAGGAGCUCAGCCAUAAUUUGAGGUGGCAGCUUUGUUUGCUUUUGUCCACUGUGUCCACAACUUAGAUGUUAUUUUAAAGGUCGUGUUUGUAUUUAAUUUCUCUUGAAUCCUUUUUUUAAUUGCUGAAGCACUCCCUCAGCAUCUUCUCCAAGUGUACCUUAGGUCAUCUUAAACACCAUUUAAUGUCUGUCUGAUGCUGAUCCUUUUAUAAUCUCCAAUGAGAUUACGAUUCAUUUGUCAUUGCUAGAUGACAAAUGAAUUGUAACAGCCUUAACAAAAAUCUUGUUUUGUUAAGGCUGUAUAAAGGCACUGCAGCAUGUGAAACCAGCAAGUUGAUUUUUAUUAUUGCAUUACUCUGAAAAAGAAAAAAAACUAAUGAGAUCUUUGUUUCUAGUGUGAAAGGCUCCCUUUAGCUUGAGAGGACACGUGCAAAGCCUCUGCUGUGAAUGCCUCAAUAUAAUCAGCUUACAAAAUGGAGGAAAAUGAUAUUACAGAAAGAUUCUUGAGGAACAUAACUCCAGUGGAGCAGAACAUGCACUUGCUAAAGACUGCUCUUUUGCUCUGUCUCUCUCCUGAAGUCGGUGGGAAUUUUAAAUGGAAGUUACUGCAAGGCUGUAUGGUUUUUUUAAUGCACUAGCAGAUGUAAUUUUCCAUCCAGUCAUCUGCACAGUUGUGGUUGGUACACCAUAAAGGCUGAAGGCCAAAUCCUGCUGUCAUUGCACACAGCCCCUCUGCUUCAUCAGGGAUCAUAAACAUGUACUUAUGUUACUUGAGUUUUUUGCUGAAGAGAAAUGGGAGAGGGUAUGCCUUCCUUCUGCUCCUUGAUCACAGGCUUUGCAUUCCCAAUGACUUUUAUUAGAAGUAUCAUAUAUUUACAUGCUGCAGAAUGAGGCCUGCGUGGGAUGGGAAAGAUUUUUAUGAAUUUAGACCUGCCUAAGAAAACAACCGCUCUAAUUUUAGGCAAGUUGCAUUCCAUAUCCAUCUGUUUAGUGCAUCAGUCUGAUGUUUACUGUUUAGUAAAUUGCAUUUGGGCUUUUUUUUUUUUUUUUUUUCUUUUGAGGGCAUUGCCUGUCAUCAGACAGUGUAAAAUAGCACCAAGGACUUACAGACAUACACAUAGGGCCAAACUGUGCCAGCUUCACACUCCACAGUCCCAUGAAAAGCAAGGAAAGCUGGACUGGGCACACAAAAUGCAAUCCCCCUGACACCAAAUUACAUGUCCUGGCUCAUUUCAUAGAGAUGGAUGACAUCCUCAGGAAAAAAAAAACCAAACACAUGCUGCCACUUCAUCUGAGUUUAAAAUGUAUUAAAAUCAAGGAAAUUAUAUUAGACAUGGCUGUAGUCUAUCAAAUCCAGCCCUGUGCAUAGGCAGAACUCCAAGGGAAAGUAACAGGAGUUUCCAUUAUGGAGUUUGCAAAAGGAAGCCUACAUAAUGAAUUUGACAAAAUGUCAACUUUGUGUGAACUCUCCUGGUGGGUCUGUAUAAAGGUUUUUUUAAAUCUUCAUUGGAACACACCAGAGAAUAAUAAACUUGCACCUUGAUAGAAUAGCUUUAUUUGUAUAUACUCUAUGUAAAUUUUAAAGCAGAGGAUACAUGUCAUUCCUUGUACAUAUCUGACUAGAAUUGUGGCAGUGCUGUGCACUGCUGCUUAGGGGAUCCGGCUUCUCAGUCCUGGAUUUCCAGCUGUAAAGGUUGCAGGAGACUGCUUGGGACCAGCUAGACAUUGGAUGGAUAGAUGCUCACCACUCACUGCUUAGAAAUGCAGGAGCAGGAUUUGGAACAGAUGUUGGCUAUGGAGAAGAUUGCUUGCCUCUACUCCUGGCUAAGGGACAAGUGCCUCCUUUGCUGUCAUCUCCAACAGAAGUGAUUUAUUGUCAGAGUGCGGGAACCUUCAGAGCCCUGUCUGGUCUUUCAGAGGGGUCUGAGAUUCAGGUGUCACAUGGGAAGGUCCCUGAAGAAGCAGUGUGUAUAUACAUCUACCUACCUGUCUGUCUGUUAUCUAAUAUCCCACUGUUUCUGUAUUGAAUGGUCUCAGUAAUCUGUAAACAAGUGAUCGCUCCUGUUGUGCUACUGCUUUGAAAUUCUUUGCAUGCACUCUGGCAUAUAAUUCUUUAAGAAAAGAAAUUAUACAUAUUAUAUAUACAUAUAUAGAGAGUAGCUUGCAAAAUAUUCAUGUUGAAGAGCCAUGUUUUGUGCAAAUUGUACAUUUAUGUUGUGGGCAAUAUCGCAAUACAAACUUUUAUUUGUUGUUGAUAGUAGAUUUAUCACAUUAUUUUUGAGUGUACGUACGUAUCCCAAGCUUUCAACCUCAGGCAUUAGAUCAGCUACUGAAGGAGACUUUUUCUGUACAGUAGAAAUAGCACAGGCUUUCAGUAAAUAGGCAGGUGUGCAAGCCCCAUUCUGUUUAAUGCGAGGCUGAUUCUUCAUGCAGGUUAUCAGGCAAAUACUCUCUUGUCAGUGCUGGAUUCUGUGUUUGGUAUGAGGAUCCUGUUAUGCUCAUCUAGAACAGAACUCAAACCCCAAUGUUGCAAAACAAAGUGCUUGACUCCUACUGCCCUCUGUCUCCACAGGUGCUCCAAUAUAAACACAAGGAGGACUUAGGGAACUCCCAGUUGCCUGCUGGAUAGCCAAAGUUAGAUUUUCAAAUGUACAUGCUACAUAGUUUUCAAUGUAGGGGCUAGAUAAAAGUGUAAUACCAGUACGGCUUUAGAAAAGCUACAGUGUUUGGAGCUUGACCGUGAAACUUUUACCUGAUUCCUGGACAUCAUCAGUGGCUUUGUUUGCUCAAUGUUUACCUCUGAGAAAUGUAUGCUAUUGAUUUAAAUGUUUAAUAUAUUGACUGCCUUUUUUUGUAUAUUUGUUAUCAUAAAUAUAUGAUUGGUUUGGUUUAAAUGCUAACAAUUGUGGUCUAUUUUCAGACUUGAAAUACUUACGGUUCUGUACUGGGCAGACAAAGUUAUUAAUGAAUAUGGCAAUUUGGUAUUUUAUUCCUGUUUUUUAUUCCAGCUGCCCCCAUAGGUUAUUAUCAGAUAGCAAUGAAUAUUGCUGAACAGCAGGUGGAACUCCUUUGAGUGUGUUUAUGAGCCAUCUCUGUUCAAUAAAAAUUCCAUUGUUUUCUAGCCUAGGAAA